AUGGAGUCGUCCGGGGGAAAGUCGACGGUGACGUUUGCGCUUUCGGAGGAGGCCCCGAAGGCCAACGCGCCGGCAGCAGCAGCAGCAGCAGGAGCUGCUGCAGGCGCUGCAGAGGCCCCAGAAGCAGCAGCAGCAGCAGCAGCAGCAGCAGCAGCAGCAGAGGAAGAAGAACCCGAAGCAAACCACCAAGUUGUUGGGGUGGAAAUGUUGUGUGCGGGGGCAGUGGAGGUACACCCCCCGCGGAGGCCUGUCUGUACACCUGACGCUGCAGCAACAGCAGCAGCAGCAGAAGCAGCAGCAGCAGCAGCAGAAGCAGCAGCAGCAGCAGCAGCAGUCACUGCUGCAGACUUCCCCAACGUGAAGGCCCUUGACCUCAGCAACCGCAGCCUCGUGCGGCUCAACAACUUAGAGACCUUUCGAA